AUGCGGCCUGACAACGCGCAGCUGCUCAUCAGUCCGCUCGCCGCCUACACGCUCCUGAGCGGCCUAUCGAUGGUGCCCGAGCUGACUCGUGGAAGCUUGGCGGCGCGUGGGCCGUCGGAGGUCGGCAUGCUCGUGCUCUGGCUCGCCGCCGCCGCCUACCCACAGAAUUCUAGCCUCGCGAUCUUAGCCUUUGGGACCCGCAUCGUGUGGUGGCUCUCAGAUCUCCCAUUCACGUGGGACUCUGAGCUCAUGGUUGCGCUCACCGAUCUCGCGGUUGUCCUGCACAUGAUCGCGGAUGGCAACAAGGCUGCGGACGGCGUCCCGCUCGGCCAGUCUAUGCGGCGCAUGAUGGGCUGGUUUUAUUGGUUCGCAGGCUUCUGGAAGAUCAAUUCGAGCUUCCUGGACUCCAGGUACUCCUGCGCCUCCCUCUACUUUGCCUCUCUGCUCGACGCCUACGUGCCAGCGCACAUGCUAACGCCCGGGCUCACCAAUGCCGCCAUCGCCGCGGCGCCGGCGCUCACCAUUAUCGUCGAGUGUGGUGUGGGCGUCCUAUUCCUCGCGCGCGCAUAUUGCUCACGUGCGCCCCGCUGCGGCACUGCGGGGGUGCUGCUCGCCACGGCACUGCACGUGGGCAUCGACCUUACCCCGCCACCUAACAACAUCGCAGCCUUCUCGCACAAGGCAGCGCUGCGCUACGUCUGGUUUGCGCCUCGCGGCAGCGCUGCUGCGAUCUACGAGGUGCGCGCUCACCCGCUCGUUGGCAGCGUGUACGUCGCCGUCGGCGCGGCCGUGCUAGCGCUCACCAUUGCCGCGCAGCAGCCGGCUAGCUGGGCGCAGUGGACCGCCGCACCGCUCGACGCGUUGCGAUCCACCGAUGUGUGCGCUGUCGACUGGCACAUAGUCGCGCACUGCGCCCUUUCGGCGUUGCUUGUGCGCGCGCUGUGGCUCGGUGAGGGCCGGACGCCGCGCGCCGACGUGCCAGCGGAGCCUGCGCCCACGCCGCUGGUGCACGUGCUCACGCUGCUGUGCCUGUUGUGGUGCUGCGCCGCCGUCGUGCUGGGCACGCUUGAGAUCAACACGCCCAACAUGUUCUCCAACUUGCGCAUGCAGGGCGGGACCAACCACCUGCUGCGCGUGCCCACCUCGCUGCUGCACACGUGGCGGUACUCUGGGUGGGCGGUGGGAGACGACCCAUUUAGCGGUGGCGUUGUGCGCAUCGAGCACUCCACCUCCUCGCACAUCAACGAGCUCUACCCGAGCGAGUUCACUGCGAUCCUCACGCCGGGCACCGUGCGCUUGCUCGCCGCCGCCAACCACAGCGGCCGCCACUUCAACUCGGCCGUCUCACGCAUCGUCGGUCCCUUCGCCGUGCCGCCCCGGGCGGCCGACGCGCCGUUUGUGCGCUUCACUUUGCCUGCUUUUGAGGUGCGCCGCCUGCUGCGCGACGCGCGAGCGCACGGCGAUCCCUUCGAGCUCACGUACACGUCGCUUCCCAACGCAACGGGCGACGAGCGGUGGCGCACCAGUGCCAAGGGUCGCACCAUCCGGCUCGUCGAGGGCGGCGCGGGCGGCGCAGGCUCGUGCACCGUCGUCGCCGCGGGCGAUGGCGGCGCGGACGCGUGCCAGCCAUCCGACCUCGCGCUCGCGCCCUUCCCCACGCGCGAUUUUGUCGCGCGCCCGCUCGAGGCAGCGCUAGGCUUUUUGCAGACGUGGAACGCUCUGCCCAUCUUGCGCGAGGGAGAUGACGAGCUGCACUGCUACGGGUCGUGA